CACCAUACAUACUCUCCUUAAUCAAUUAUCCUAGUUGCAUUUGCAACUCAGAUUUGUACCUCCUCUUUAUAUUGGUGCUUUAGUCCAAUUCUCAUACACAUCUUCAGCUCAUCUUCUCCAAUCCGGUUCUGUCCAGCAUUUUUUGCCUGCCAAAAUAGUUGCCCUCUUGUUGUUUUCCAGGAAAAACUAAUCAGAAAAGUUCUCAUUUUAACUGUUGACAAUUUGGGGGACGUGCAGCAACACGGGCUAAACAAGGUUGGGAGGACUUAUAUUAUUUCAUUGGAGAAUGAAUGGUAAAAAGGAAGCUGUGGAGAUCAACAUUCCACCAGCUGAGAAGAAAUCUGUCUUGGAAGGCUUCUCAUGUAAUACUUGGAUAUGGAAUGUUUGGCACUUUUGCAAGGAAGAUAGCAACAGAGUGACAUUCUCAUUCAAAAUGGGACUGUCUGUUCUUCUAGUGUCUUUGCUCUCACUUCUCCGAGCACCUUAUGAAGUUUUUGGCACCAAUAUCAUUUGGUCCAUCCUCACUGCUGUCAUCAUGUUUGAGUAUACAGUCGGUGCAACCUUUAAUCGAGGAUUCAACAGAGCAAUUGGGACUGUGCUUGCAGGGAUCUUAGCUAUUGCAAUUGGUCAGUUAGCUCUGCGUGCUGGACACGUUGCUGAGCCUAUUGUGAUAGGAAUUAGCAUAUUCCUGAUUGGAGUUGUAACAUCAUUGAUGAAACAGUGGCCUUCUUUUUUGCAAUAUGAAUAUGGCUUCCGGGUCACACUCUUCACCUUCGCUUUGCUCAUUGUUUCUUGUUAUCGAAUGGGAAACCCAAUAAGAAUUGCCAUGGAUAGGCUCUACUCUAUUGCCAUUGGAGGAAUGGUAGCAGUCCUCGUGAAUGCACUUGUUUUUCCUAUCUGGGCUGGUGAGCAAAUGCAUAAAGAGUUAGUUAACAACUUUAACUCAGUAGCAGACUCCCUUGAAGAAUGUGUAAAGAAAUAUUUAGAAGAUGAUGGAUUAAACCACCCAGAGUUCUCCAAGACUGUGGAGGAUGAGUUUCCAGAUGAGCCUGCCUAUAGGAAAUGCCGAGGAACAUUAAACUCUGCAGAAAAACUAGAGAACCUGGCUAAUUCUGCAAAAUGGGAGCCGCCACAUGGUAGGUUCAGGCACUUCUUCUAUCCAUGGUCGGAGUGCGUUGAAGUUGGAGCAGUCCUACGCUACUGUGCUUAUGAGGUUAUGGCCCUCCAUGGAGUUGUGCACUCUGAGAUUCAAGCACCACACAAUCUCCGAAUCACAUUCCAGACAGAGAUCCUGGAUGCAACAAGCCAUGCUGCAGAGCUAGUGAGGAGCUUGGGAAAAGACAUAAGCAGCAUGAAGAGAAGCCUCAAGACCUCCCUACUAAAGAAGGUUCACAGCUCUACAGAAAGACUCCAGCGUGCCAUAGACAUGCAUUCCUAUCUGCUUACCACCUACUGUGACAACCCUAAUCCGGUCACGCGCUCUCAGACUCUGUCAACAAGCCUCCAUGACCGGCUUGCAGAUUUCGACACCAAUAACCUUGAAAAUACACUAACAGGGAAUCUCCCACGUGCACAGGGAGACUCAUCCCACUACUACCAGGACAUGAUGAGGAAGCCGUCAAGGAGGCUGCACUCUUGGCCUCCAAGAGAGGUGGGUGCUUUUGAAGAAGAAGGAGGGAUUGGUGUGAACGUUUUGCCUAGGAUGAGAGCACUAGAGAGCAGUGCAGCAUUAUCACUGGCUACCUUUACUUCAUUGCUGAUUGAGUUUGGGGCUAGGCUUCAUCACUUGGUUGAAGCAGUUGACAAACUCUCAAUAAUGGCAAAGUUCAAGGAUGAGGGACUAUAGGGAGUCUGCAAUAACAUUAUGGAUAUGUCUACGUUAAGAGUAGAGGAAAUUUAUUAAAUGCUAAGUUUUGUGUGGAAACCUUGAAUUAGGUUCAGAUCAGAUAUGGAUUUUUGCCUAUUUUGCCAGAUUUUUAGCUGUAGAAUAACUUCUUCUUCUUCUUCUUUUUUCUUUUUUUCUUUUUUUUUUUUUUGUAGAUUUUUUAGUUUUGAGUUAUGAAUAGUAGUUUCAUCCAUCUUUUAUGCCUGCAAGUUACGAAUAAUAGCAAUUUAUACCG